AUGUCUGACAAUAAAAAUGUCGAAGAAUCCCUUGAAGGCAAUCCAUCGGAUAAUAUUGGCAGCAAUUUAGCAACAAUACCAGCUAGCGACAUAUCCAGCAUCGCAGGAAGUGUUAAAAUUACAAAAACACCACAUCGCGUUUCAUCUUCUUCCGAGAGACAAAUAAAAGUUGAGCGAGCUCAGAGAGUUUUAGAAAAUGCUGCGCUUGUCUCAAAACAUAUUAAAGAACGCCGGAAAGCAACUGCAGAACUGUUGGGACGACCAUUUGAUGAUGAUGAAGAUGUUGGAGACAGUGCUUCUGAAGUUGCAUCCACCAUGAGCAAAAAAUCGGGUUACUCAGUAGCAACAGACACUUCAACAGCUUUAUCUGUAAAGGAGGCCUUGAACAUACCUGGUAUUAGUGAAAAUUUAGCAAACACACUAAAACAAAAAGAGCUGGUCAUGGAGAGGAUAAAACAAUAUAAAGAAAUAAGUAAACGACCAUCAUUGAUAAAAUCAUCACCAAUCAGUAAAAAGGACUCAAGUAAUGAAUUGAAGCCAGAUGUCAAAAGAGUAUCAGAGAUCAGCAAUGUAUCCCAACUAAUGAACACAGUAAAGGAGAAAGAAAAUAUGGUUAGUAUAAUGCAAGUAAAAUUGAGAGCAAUGGAAACUACUAUAUUGGAGUUACAGGAAAAAAUCAAUGAAAAGGACCAAAUCAUAGAAGCUAAAAAUAUGGCGACCAGCUUGAUGUCAGAUACUCUCAGUAAAAAAGAAAAAGAUUCAAUGUUAUUGCUGGAAGAUACUAAACAACAAAUGACCAAAAUGCAAGAGAAUUUUAUAAGCAUGGAAACAGAGUGGAAAGAAGAAAAACAGAGAUUGCAGAAAGAGAUACAGGUACAAGAUGAAAAAAUUAACAGUUUAGAAGAAGCUAAUACUAUUCUGGAAAAUACACGAUUUGAAGUCAGUGUAGCACAUUCAAAAUUAGCUGAAGAAUUGGACUUAAAGAAUAAAGAAAUUUUACAAUUACAUGAUAAAAUUGAAAAAUUAUCUAAAGAACAUCUUGCUACACCGGAAGAAGAAAAGGAUACUGUAGACGAAAAAGGUUCUUUGGAAAUAUCUAAUAUGAUUGAAUUAACGAAAAAGAUAGAAUUAUUAGAACAAUUAAAUUGUCAAAUAAGACAAACCAAUAAAGAUCUAGAAAACAAACUUGUUACUAUUAGUGAACAAAAAACUGCGUCUACUACCUCACCACUAAAAAAACAAAGCCCACUUCCAGCCCGUAAGGGUAAAAAUACCGGUAAAAGUAAGUCGCCUUGGAGUAAAUUGACAUCAGAAUCACUACCUCAAGAGUCAGAAACAAAACUACAAAAAAGUGAAGCAGCUAAAUUCGAAAUGUUAAUACAAUCCUUAAAUAAAGAAAUAUUAGAAAAAGAAUAUGUGAUAUCGCAGAAAAAUAUGUUGAUAUCUGAAUUACAAUUAGAAAAUUCAGAAAAAGAAGCUAAUCUAAAUGUUCUUAGAGAUUCAAGAAAAGAACCUACCCAGAACACAGCUGAUAUCGGAAUUACAGCAAAUAUUAAUGACAAUAUUCCAUUAGUAUGUAAUACAGAAGUAUUAAAAACAACUGACACUGACUCUGGUGAUAAACAUUACAGUAAUAUUAAACAACUUGAAACUGAACUAAAUGCUGCUCAACAGCAAAUUGAAGCGUUAAAUCAAGAUAUAGAUACAGCCAAUAAAAAUAUGAUAAAAGUAAAAUCUAACCAUAAAUUGAAAAUUAAACAGAUGCAUAAAACAAUUGAAAAUUUCAGUAAAGUGUCAGAUGCAAAUGCAGAAAUAAUAAAACUCAAUGAAGAACUUCAUCAACUAUCACAAAAAGUUGCUGAGCUGGAAGAAGAAAAGGGUAAUUUGCAAUUACACCUUGUAGAUUAUGACAGUGGUAGAUUAACUGAGUCAGAUGUUUAUAAGAAGAUGAUGGAAAUGGAAAAUUUGGCAGAAGUGAGACUUAAAGCUAUUAGUUUACUGGAAACUCAAAAAUUUGAUUUAGUGCAAGAAUUACAUGUAUUACAACAAAAAUAUGUAGAGGCAGAGGAUAAAUUAGCAGACAUGUCUCAGUUUCAAAAUGAACAGGUCUGUUCUGAAAUGAAGUCCGUGCAAUUAGAGGAACAGAUUGAUGGACUUGAGGCCUCCAAAAAAGAAUUAGAAUUAAUUGUUGAAAAUUUGAAACUAGAUAAGGAUCAACUAAAUGGAACCAUACAGUUAUUACAAGGUGAAAAGGAGGAACUUUUGCACAAACUGGAAAAUUAUAUACAAGAAAAUAUUGAAUUGACAGAUAAACUUGAGAAAUUAAGUCCUGAAAAAGUAAGUUCGGCAGAAUCGAUCGAAAUAGUAGAGUCUUUAACAACACAAGAAAAGUUAGAAUUAGAGGAAUACAACAAAGGCAAAGUUAGUGAUGACCUUGGUGAUGAUUACAAAGUAGAGGCUGCUCAAACUAGUGAAAAAUCACCAGAGAUUUUACUAGAACAAGUGUCUGAAUUAAACAGAAAAAUCGAACUAUUUUCCCAGGAAAGGGAGGAAGUAAUGGAAAAAAUGAAUAAGAUUAAUUCAGAAAAUCAACAUUUACAUAAAGAAAUUGAAAUGCAAACUAAUCAGUGCAAGAUAUUACAAAGUAAUAUAGAUGUCUUAAAUGAAGAAAAGAAUGAAAUACUAAAAUUAAAUGACAUGCUUAAUAAUCAAAUAGACGAAUUAAAGCGAGAACGAAUAGAACUAAUGAAAGAAACUGUAGAAAUUGCAAAAGCCACAAGCCUCGAUGAGGGAGGAGAUACAACAGGCAUAACUGAUUUGCAUCAAGAUGAUAAACCGACAGGCGAAAAAGGAGGCAGAAAUAAAUCUGUUAAACAAUUAACGAAAGAAAUAUUGAAAUUGAAGAAUACGAUCAAAGAGAGGGAGGAGGAGAUAGCAGAUUGUCAGAUGAAGAUAUUGUCAUUGGAAGAAUAUCAGCAGAAGCAAAAUGAAUUAAUGCAAGACAAUAUGUCUUUUGAAACGAAAAUUAAGCUGUUAGUGGAAGAAAAUCAACAACUGAAAGAUAAGAUUGAGAGUUUAGAACAAGAUAAAAACACAGAAAGGCAAUUGUUACAAUCUGAACAGUAUGAAAAAAUACAGGAAGAAUUACAUAAUGUUCGACAAGAGUAUACGGCUACAAUUAAUACACGCGAUUCUAGAAUACAGGAACUAGAAAAUCUUCUGUUAGAAUACGAGAAUAAGAUAUAUAAUUAUAAUAAUGCAUUGAAAGUAAAAGACAAAGAACUCACAGAAUAUGUAAACCAGGUUACCAAGUUGAAUGAUGUUUCACACAAACUAAAGUCAACUAUCGAACUACUUGAAGAAGAAAAAUUAAAAGGUCAAAAUGCUGAUAUUGUAAAGUCAUUGAACAAGCAAAUUUCUGCAUAUCAAAAAAAAAUUACAGAAUAUGAAGAAAAAUUAAGAAAUCUAGAAGAUGAAAAAGUUCAGUUACUUUCUUUAAAAUCUGUCCUGGAAAACAAAAAUAUCAAUUUAGACAAUGAGUUGAAAAAAUUGCAAGAUUCAUUUGUGGAGAAACAAAAUUUGAUUAAGGAAUUGCAGUCUCAACAACAAAAACAUAUAGAGGAGGUAUCUAAUGCCAAGCUACAAGCGAAGGAACGUGAUGAAGAGAUUCACGAAAUCAAACUACAAUUACGGAAAGAAUCUAUAGAAAAUGAAAAGCUUCGCACAAAUCUAUCCCAAAAAGAUAAAUCUAUUGAAGACAUUACAGAGAUGUUGCAAGAAAAUAAAGAAAACAUAGAAAAAACUAUUUUGGAGAAAAGUCAAAUUAACGAACAAUACAUUUUAAUGGAGACUAAAAAUAAAGAAUUAAUGGAAAAGUUAAAGAAAUUUGCAGUUAAUAUUAAGAAAAAAACAGCACUGUACACUGAAUUGGAAAAUCAGUUGAUGGAAACUCAAAAACAGCUUGAGGCCAAAAAUAUACAUAUUGAGCAGUUACUAAUACAAGUGGAAACCUUACCUGCAUUGCAAGAAAAAGUGAAACAUGCUGAUGAAGAAGUAAAUCGGCUUUUGUUACAAAAAAAUACUAUGGAAAAACAAAAAUCUGAAAAUGUUUCACAAUUGCUGUCACAAGUACAAUCACUUGAGGAAAGAAUAGCCAUAUCCUCUGGAGAAGUUUUGAAGUUGAAUGAUUUACUUAACGUUAAACAAAACGACCUGCAUGCGAUGUCUGAAGAAAAUAGAAAUCUUAAGAAUCAAAUAGAUACUUUACAAAAUAAAUUAGUUGAAUAUGAGAUAGAUCAAAAGAACAGUUUAAAUUUUAUAACAAAAAUUUCUAGUUUGGAAAGUGACAUAAAUCAAAAGGAAAAUCAGAUUUCAGAUUUGUUAUAUAAACUUGAGAAUCAAGAACAGCAGUUAAAUCAGUUACAUUUUGGCCAUAAUGCCAAAGUCCAGGAACGUGAUUUAUAUAUAGAAAAUUUGGAAACUGAAAUACUGAAAUACAAAAAUCGUAUUGGGCGUUUAGAAGAAAGUGUAUCAAUCAUGGAAGACAGAAGACAUUCGUUAGAACGCAAGGCAGAUCAGUUAGAUACUCAGUUACAAGAAAAGCAAAAAGCUUAUAAUGAAUAUUCAAGUCAUGAGGAUGAACUGGUUAACAGACUAGCUGUGCUAAUGGAUCAUGAUAGAGUUGUUGAAAAACAGCUUCAUGUUAUAGAAUCCGAUAAUAAAGAGUUACAUCAUAAAAUUCAACAUCUUAAUGAUGAAAAUCAAAGACUUAGAAAAGCUGUGUCUGAUAUACAAGAACACUGUAAUAAUCUAGUUGAAAAAGCAAGCAAAAGUGAUUUCGCUGAAGCUGAAAUAGUGAAAUACCAAGAACAGAUACACGACUUGGAGACAAAUCUGAAACGUGUUACACAUGAACACCAAAUACUGUUAGUUCAACGGAAGCAAGAUAUAGAAGAUUUAGAGUCGGAAUUUAAUGUACAAAUUGAAAAUGCUAUUAAAGAAAAGAAGGUUUUAAGUGAAAAGUAUGAAAAAAUUAGUGAUCAUGUUUGCCAAUUGGAAGUUAAACUUCAGGAAUAUAGGAACAACAUUGAAAAUCUUAAUUUGAACUUAGAGGACCUUAAUAAAAUUAAUUAUGAUUUGGUUGAAAAAGCAGCAAAUAAAGUUCAGCCUGUUUUACCAGAUUAUACAGAACAGUAUGUCAACGAAAUAAACAAAUUGAAUUCCAUUAUUAAUAAUAAAAACCAGGAAAUUCAGGAUCUUAAUAAUAAAACACAAACAAUACAAAAUAAUAAUAUGGCAGUGGUAUCUAACUUUGAGAGCAGUAUAUUAGAUUUAACUCAUAAAUUACAACAAUAUACUUUGCAAAUAGAUCAUCUUAAUAACGAAUUAAAUAUUUUGAGAGAAAGUACUGAGGAACUACAAAAACAACUACUACAUAAAGAAGAAGUAAUAAAGGAUUUAAAAGAUAAAAAAAAGGUUAUAUUUGAAAUGAAUAUUCCCAAAACUGAAGGUAUGGUUAUUUCAUCUACAAUUGAAGCAGUAAAUGAAGAGGAUCCUAAAUUCGAUAUAUCAUCUAUUCAAUCUCAAAUAGUUUCGGAUACAGAUCGUUUAGAAUCGGAAAAUAAUUCUGCUAUCUUGAAAAUAUCUGAAUAUUUUCAGGGUAAUUCUGCAACUAAAAUUGAUUCAAAUGUUGAUAGUUCUAUAGAAGCUGCAAUUGUACCUAAAAAAGCGUAUAUGUGUUACAAAGGCGAAGGUAGAGAAGAUGAUUUAAAUAUUGGUGAAGAUCCAUUUAAUUCAGAUGAAGGUUGGGGAUUAGGAGAAUGUCAAGAACAAGAAGACGUAAGUGCAAAUUUGUCUUUUCUUAAUGAUCAAUUAUUACAGUUAAAAAAAGAUAAGGAGGUUUUAAAAUCAGAUCUUGAGACAAGCAAUAAUAAGCUGGUCAAAGCUUUAAGAAAACUGAAGGAAUUGAAAUCAAAUAACGAUAUGUUAUCUAAAGAAUUAAAAUUGUCAAAAGAGUUGCCUCAGAGUUCAAUAUUAGAUACUGCUAUUGAAGAUGAAUUACGAAACAAUGUUCAGGAGUUAGAGAAGAAGAUUGAAAAUCUUAACGCAGAAAUUAAUAAGGAAAGACGCGAAAAAGAAGCUAUUAGGAAGCAGAAUGAGGUAUUCAGUAGUGCCAAUGACAGAUGGACAGAAUUGAAAGAGAAUUUAGAUACUGAAAUUGAACUGUGGAAAUUUAAAUUUAAGGAAGUUAAUGAUAAAUUAUCUACUGUACAGUGGGAUGCUAAAGAAUAUUCAGACACCAAAACUUCAGGAAUUCAAUUAAAUACAAGCGAUCAUGUAGUAAAAGAAGAGAUGAUGAAACUUGAAACUGAAAAUGACGAAUUACAACAAAUGGUUGACCAAUUAACUGUGAAAAAUAAAGAAAUAUUGUCAAAUGAAGCCCAAUUGUUAAACAAAAUCAAUGAUUUACAAAAUCAGGUACAAAUACAAUCUUCUUGUAGAGAUUGUGAAAGUAUGAGUCAUCAUUUGGCAGAUUUACAAACCAAUAACACUGAACUUUUAAAAAAUAAUGAUUUUUUAAAAGAUACGCUAAGCCAACUUGAAGUAAAUUUUAAUGAAGUCUCACAUAACUAUGAACAGUUAAAGUUAAAUAAAGAAAAAAUGGAAAAAGAUUUUGAAAGUAAUAUUAAAGAUUUGACGGAAAAUUGUAUUACCUUACAAAACGAAGUGAAAUCUUUAAAAAUAUUGGAAAGCGAAGCUAAUAAUAAAAUAACUAGUCUCCUUCAAGAAAUAGAAGCUGCUAAGCUUAUCGAAGAACCACAAAAUGAUGCAAAAUUACAAGCUGAUAUGUUAUUAUUAUCUGAAAAAUACAAUACUGUAGAAAAUAAUUAUAAUCGGUUAAAUGGUGCCCUUGAGGCAGCAAAUAAUAAAAUUGUUCAUUUAGAAUCUCUUAAGAAUGAGUAUGAAAUAAAAAUAAGUUCUUAUGAGCAACAAAUACUUAGUUAUGAACAAAAGAUUCAUGAGUUAGAGCGACGUGUAUCUGAGCUGGGUUCUAAAACUGAACACAAUUCACCUACAUCUAUAGAAACCGAAAAUAAUGAUGAUCGGAUUAAUCAACUCCAUUCCAAAAUACAACAACUGAAUGCUGAGAACGAUCAGUUGCUAUCAACUGUAACCGAACUGCGCUCAUCUGUGUCAAGUGCUGUAGAUCAACGUGGAUUUGAAAUAUCCGAGUUAUGGAAACAACAUUUAGCACAAAGAGAGUCAGAUUUUCAAAAGACCGAACAAGAACUUAGGUCAGAAUUAAGUGCAUCUGAAGCAAAGUAUGAGCAACUGUUAGAUAAUGUACAAUCAUCAAGUCAAGAAGAAACUAAUAAAUUGAUUAUAAUGGAACAAAUAAACUCCCUACAAAAUAAACUACAAGAUAAAGAAGAACAUCUACAUAAUCUUCAAAAUAAGUAUGCAGAAGUAAUAAAUCAAUUAGACAUUUUGCGGUCUGAAAUAGAAGAUGAAAAGGUUAUUCACGAUAAUAAGUUACUUGCACAACAAGAUGAGUAUGAAAAGUUAAUUCAAGAGUUAACAAUGACAAAUCAACAAAAUACAGAAAAUUAUGAACAGAACUUAAAUAGUAUUAAAUCUGAACUAAACAUAACCAGAAAUAAUACUAAUGAUAUUGAAAAACAAUGUGAAGAAGUAAAAGAGUGCUUAAAAAUAUCUGAAGAAAAAAAUAUAGACUUGUCUAAUCAAAUACAAAUAAAAGAAAGUGAAAUAUAUCAGAAAACGAUGGAAUAUACUCACACAUUAGCACAAAGAAACGAAGAGUUUGAGAACAUUAGGAAACAAUUAAUUCAAUAUGAAAACAAAAUAGAAGAAAUAAGCUUUGAGAAGGAAUCGGAAUUGGCUAUUUUGAGAUUAAAGAUCCAUGAAAAUAAUGAACAUUAUGAAAAAUAUAAAAAAGAUUUAGAAAAUGAUAAUAUAACAUUAACUGAAACAUUAAAUGCUAAAAUUGUAGAAUGCACAAACCUCAACAAAAAUAUUACUGAAUUGAACCGGUUAUUAGAAGAGCAAUCCAAAACAGCUAUUGACAUGCAAAUGGCACUAGAAAGCCAAGAAGUGGAAAUAGUUGCACUUAAAGAUGAGUUAUCCAAUUUGCAACAAAAUUUACGAGCAUCCAGUAGUAAAAUAGAAAAACACGUUACUUUCGCGUCUGGAACGAAAUCAGGGAUGGAACCAGAUAUAUCUGAAGGUGCAUUAAAUAAGGAAUUAUUGGAUGCAGUGCCCAGAGCUGAAUUAGAUUUAGCAUUGUAUAUGUUGCAUCAAAGAGAUGUUCGAUGUGAGGAACUUACGAUGGAGCUGACGCAACUGCUCGAAGAGAGGGAUACAUUGCAACUACGCUUGUCAGAUAGUCUGCGUUCUAACGAAGAAUGGAAAUCUAAAUGUAAGACAGGACAGGAAAGAUCGGGUGGGGACGAGGUUAUGAGCUCUAGUCAAGAGACAAUAUCGGAUUUACCGACGUUUACGGUAGAGAAAGAACAGCCAUUUGUAGACAUUCACCGCGGUCAAACAUCACGGAGCAGCAGUAUAAGCGAUCAGGAUGGAGACAAACCAAAAUUACAGGCCAAAUUAUCAGAGCUACGCAGCGUAAAGCAUAGCCGAGAUGUGCGGCUGAGGCACGAGAGUGAACAGCGGCAGAUGGAUUUGCGGUUGCUACAACGCGAUGUUGCCAAUCUACCGCCAGAAGCAGUUGACCAGCUGGCGCAGGCGCACCAUACCCUUUCACGAGAUUCCCAAAGCACGUCCACCGUACUAUUAAACUGGCUUCGAGGAAAAAGCACUCCGAAAAUAGUACACAAUAUGUAAGUUAUAAAAAAUAGGGUACACUAUAACUAUUAAAACGAGAAAAUUAAACAAUUCAAACGUAAUUGCCUAAGUCUCAUUGUUGUAGUCAAAAAUAUUUCUGUUUUAUUGUUUAUAUAUGUACUUACAUCUUUGCAUUUAUCGCAUAUAAUUUCCACCGCCCAGCACGACACAAUUAUUAAAUGUUUGUAAAAACAUUUUUCUAAUUGUGAUACUUAUAUUUAUCUUGCCGACAGACAUAAAUCGAACACUAUUACUUUAAUAGUUUUUAUCUUUUAACUUUUAUAAUAUUUCAUAGUGAGACUAAUAAAAAUUUGAGGCAUGACACCGUUGUCCUUCGGAAUGGCAACUAUAGGGAGUAUCACGCGCGUCACAUGACGUCGUUAUAUCCGUUGUGUUAAUAAUGUAUAUAUGUAUAUAGGUGACAGUUGUCACAUACCAUCAAGUAGGCCGUCAGCUUGUUUGCCAUUCCAGUCACAUAAAAGAAAAAACUUACUGACAGAUAAAGGUUACAAGCCCAUGUAAUUGCAUCAGCUAUGCUCACAGCUCUCUUUUUUACAAGAAAAUCUAUUUUUAUUCAUUAUUUUCACCUGAACUUUUGACAUUCUACUUCCUUCAAAUAUGGUGCAUAUUAUAUGUUAUAGUAACUAUAGUUUUAUAGAUGUCUGCUUUGGCAAGUACGAACGAACGAGAUAAUUCUUAAAUCCAAUGCAUUCCUGUCUAUGUUACAUUUUGAGAAUUGCUAGACUGAAAUAAAAUUAAUAGGCACUGAUUCCAUAAAGUCUAAAAACUCUGGUAUCAAAAGUUAUCUCCAUUACUAAUUUUUUUUUCGAAAUUAUUGACUAUUAUUUAUCUAUGAUGUUACUUGUGUACAGAAAUAUCUUCUCGAAACGUGUUCUAAAGUUAUAGAAACGAUUUCAAGGUGUGCCUUCUCGUUCAUAAACCAAAUUGUAAAUGUUAUCUUAUUCAGAGUUGUUGAUCACCUUUAUUGUUUUUUUAUUAAAAAUAAUACUUGUAUAAUUUAAUGUAUAUAUUAUAAUCAAUGAGGUUUACAAUAUAUAUUAUGUAAACCUUUGUAUUACAAUUGUAAAUUUGGUUUUCAUUAAAGGCGUUUCAUUAA